AUGGAAAAACAAAAAGGCAAUUCUCGUUUGUAUGACCUUUGGGAAUGUGAAGACAACAAUUUGCAAAACAAGCGUAUUAAAUCAACUCGUUAUAUUCCAAGUAUUCUUCCACCUGUGGCACUUCCAGAUGAAGGAAUUUCUUAUAAUCCUCCAUUGGGGAGCUAUUUGGAUUUUCUUGGAAAAGUUGUAAAAGAAGAGAAAAAAAUUUCUGCUGAAGAGGAACGUGUGGAAAAGAAAAUUAGACCAAAUGAUGAUGAAUUUUUUAAUUUUGGGGGAUUGAAAGAAGAUUUGAAAUUUACUAUUGAUGGACCUUUGUCUAUUGGAGAAGUUAAAACUGAGGUAGAGGAGACUGUUGAAAAUAAAGAGAUUAAAAUAGAGGAGAAAGACAACGAAAAAUUAAGAACCCGCCUUCGUUUAAAGAAAAAGAAAAAUUUGAAACAAAUUCACAAUUCAACAACAAAAGUUGUCGAUAAUCAAAAGAAAAUACAAAAACAACAAUUACAAAGGUUUUUAUUUCAAAAUUAUUUUUUUAAUUUUUUUAGUUUAAAAUCCUUAACUAAAAAUGUCAAUUCUGAACAUACUCAACACUUAAAUAAAUUAAAAUUAAAAAAUAAACAAUGGAAAAUUAAAAAUUUGACAACAAGAAAGAAACUGGGAAGAGGAAAAUUCGAGCCUUAUGAAGAGCCAGUAAUUACUCCAAAAGAAUUACCUGCCUCUUUGAGAUGUUUAACAAGUGCUAGUAAUUCUUUAAUUCAAGAAAGAGUAAAAAGUCUUCAACAAAGGAAUAUUUUAUCAAUUGGAGGUGCAAACAAAACAACAAACAUCAAAAAUAAACUUAAAAUUAAAUUUGUUGAGAAACGUUCUGUUAAAUCGAUUACUGAAGAUUCUGAAAUUAUUUAA